AGUGCUAGUAAACACUUUCACUGAGCAGAUACCAGCGACAUGCACCCCCGGAAUGUAUUUCGUGUGCCAUUGAAUUUCUCUGACUUGUCAGAAGCAUAUCCUGCUCUGCAGCCAUACAUUAUACAACUACCCUCAAAGGGGCCUACCAUCAAUUUCCAAGAUAUCGCCGCGCAAAGGCGAUUGACCGAAGCAUUGCUUCAUAAACAAUUCAAAUUGUCUGUAUCUCUUCCGGAGAAUCGACUAUGUCCACCUGUUCCGAACAGGCUCAAUUAUGUGCUUUGGAUUGAGGACAUACUCGCAGCCAGUUCAUUUGUAUCAGAGGACUCAAGACCUGUAAGGGGUAUCGAUAUCGGAACUGGUGCUUCAGCCAUAUAUCCUCUUCUUGGCUGUCGCACGAACGCUACAUGGAUGUUUGUUGCUACAGAUAUUGACGAACUCUCACUAAAAUACGCCAAGAUGAAUAUCGAGAACAACAACCUGAGCGAUCGGAUCACCCUUGUAAAGUCGGAUCCAUCUGGACCAAUUCUACCUAUUUCUUCAAAAGAUGACAUCGUCUACGACUUCAUCAUGUGCAAUCCUCCUUUCUACAGUGACCGAGAAGAAGUGCUGCGUUCAGCAGAGGCCAAAGAAUUUGAGCCCAAUGCCGUUUGUACGGGUGCCGACGUCGAGAUGAUUACACCGGGAGGUGAAUCGGCCUUUGUUUGCCGCAUGGUGAAUGAAAGCAUCGAGCAUGGCGUAAAAUGCAGAUGGUACACAUCUAUGUUGGGCAAGAUGUCAUCUCUGAACGAUGUGGUAAAGGCGUUGCGUGACAAGAAGAUCGAGAAUUAUGCGAUUACUGAGUUUGUUCAAGGACAGACGCGACGUUGGGCUAUUGCAUGGUCCUUCACAGAUGUUCAUCUGCCGGACUCCAUCGCUCGCAUAACCAAUCCCAGCUUACAAGGCAUAAUGCCACCGAGGAACUCCCUCACGCAUGCAUGCCGUAAGGUUAUACCACCUGAAAGACUAAGGAGCAUUCUUUGGGGAAUUAUCAAGCCCAUUGACGGAGUGACAGUUAAUGAAGGAAGCAGUCAUAGGAUGGAAUCUGAAAGUUCCACGAGCAACCUUGUCAUCCAAGCAACCGCGGAUACAUGGUCGAGAGCAGCAAGGAGGAAGAAGUUGAUAUCGUCUCAUCCAGUAGUCCCAAUGGAUGUGGACAAGGUUGAUGCACUUGCGAUCCAGCUGAUCUGUCGAGUUGAAAUUCCAGACAACCCAGGAAUACAUCAUCGAGGCCGAGACGAAUCUCAUGUAGUUUUCCAUUGGAUGAAAGGACGCAACCGACUGCUGUUCGAGAGCUUUGCGAGCCAUGUCGGUAGGAAGAUAGACACAGCUAUAGUAGCGAUAGAUGAAGAGGAGCCAAUGAGCAUAGCUUGAUUGAACACAACAUGUUCUAGCCUCUCGGUAUGUCGGCGGUUUCGAGGGUGAAACACUGCAUGUAAUAUGAGGUUUGCAUUC